AUGGAUCCUGCGACGCUCGUCGCCGGAGAAAUGUCAAAUCUGACGACCAACAUUCAUGCCUUGCUUGGCAGUGUUGAUAUCGACUUGGACGGGAUAGCGAAGUACUACGUACGUAAUGACGGGGCCAAGCGCAUACGGCCGCUGCUCGUCUUACUCAUGUCCAAGACUGUCAGCCGGAUACAUCCUCGGGACGCUUCUCUAGAAGAUGAGCCCUUGUCAUCAGCAGCUGUCCUCAAUGACCGCAAUCCCUCACUUUCACUGCAUACAGCAACAGACAACCCAGAUAUCUCGCCAAGCCAGAAGCGGUUAGCCGAAAUCACAGAGAUGAUUCACGCUGCUUCUCUGCUGCACGACGAUGUUAUUGAUGAAUCUGAAUUGCGUCGCGGUCAACCUUCCGCCAAUUUUGCCUUUUCAAGCAAGAUGUCUGUGCUUGCCGGCGACUUUAUGCUCGGUAGGGCCUCUGUUGCCCUUGCGAGAUUGAGAAAUCCAGAAGUCAUUGAGCUCUUGGCAACAGUCAUUGCCAACCUCGUGGAGGGCGAAUUCAUGCAGCUCAAAAACACGAUUGAUGAAGGCCAUGAGAGCACUAUGGAGUACUAUCUACAGAAGACCUACCUCAAGACAGCAAGCCUUAUCUCAAAAAGCUGUCGUGCAGCAGCAAUCCUUGGCGGGGCUAGUAGUGACGCAGUCGAGGCUGCCUAUGAGUAUGGGAAAAAUGUCGGGCUUGCCUUCCAGGUGGUGGACGAUAUGCUAGACUACACUGUCUCUGCCGAGUCGCUGGGGAAGCCAGCCGGUGCCGACCUCAAGCUUGGUCUCGCUACUGCGCCUGUACUCUAUGCUUGGCGGGAGCAUCCACAGCUGGGCGCACUCAUAAAGCGCAAGUUUUGCGAACCUGGUGAUUGCGAUAUGGCCAGACUGCUUACGCAGCAGUCUAAAGGCCUCGAACAUAGCCAGGCUCUUGCGGCUUCAUAUCGGGAUCGUGCGAUUGAGGCGUUGCAGCGCCUGCCACCGAGCAGCAGUCGUGACUCUCUCGAGUCGAUUGCCAAUCAGGUCUUGUCGCGUAAGAGAUAG